UGUGUGUGGAGAGAGAGAGAGAGAGAGAGAGACAGAGGACCUCAGAAGAGCAUCACUCUCCGUUUCCAGGUUCCUCUGCAACUUUGAUGGGCUCAGGACUGUAGGAAUCAGCGGCUGCACAAGCUCAGAAAGGAUGAGAUUUCAGAUCAUGUGUUUACUCUCCUUCUUCAGUCUAUUUGGUCUAUGUUCAGUUUUUGCAGUUAACACAGAAAGACGAUCAGGCGAAGACGAACUUCUGGGUCAUCUUUAUGCCUUAAAGUUGUUUCAGAAAGCCCAAGACUAUGGCGACUAUGAAGAUUCAACAUUUAAGAAAGCCAUCCAAGCAAAAAGAAGACAUCCCUAUAUUUUGAAAAGACAAGUGCGUGUUGGAAAAUUUAGAAGACCUUAUAUACUAAAACGCAAUUCUGUUUUCAUGGAUUAGUUUUACAACACAUGCCUAAACAUUUUACAUUUACCCAUUUAUGUAUAUUGAGACAAAUUAUCACAUAUAAUAACUACAACGAUAAUCUGUUAAUGUGAAAACAGCAUCUUAAUCUAUCCAAAUACAUUCUGGUCUGCACUAGAAGUCCAGUUCUUCAAAAGACAAUUUACAGGCUUUUUGAUGUGAAUUUUAUUUUUGGACAAAG